AUGGACAAUGACACCACCCCAGCACGCAGGUCCAAAUGGAAAAACUACUUCAGUCCAGGUGGUAAACUCCGACCAUUCCGCCUCCUAAAACAAGACGCACACAAUCUCCAGCAACGAUACAUAUCAGACUGGACCAUUUUCAACCAGCAAAUCGUCGCCAGUGCAGUAUACAUCUUCUUCACCAAUAUCCUCCCCGGCAUCACAUUCGCCAGCGACUUGUUCGUCCUGACCGGUCAGUCAUGGGGCACCAUCGAAGUCGUAUUCAGCACUGGACUCGUGGGCGUGAUAUUCGCCGUCUUCUCCGCACAACCGCUCACCAUCCUCGGCGUCACGGGUCCGUUCUCCGUACUCGCUGAAAAUGUCUACAAACUUUGUUCGAAUACCUUCAAUGUCGACUUCCUCCCCGUCAUGGCAUGGUGCCUCAUCCACGCAGGCUGGAUGCACAUCGCGCUCGCCAUAUUCAACGCCCACGACUGGACCAUGCAAUACGUAACGCACUUCAGCGCCGACAUCUUCUCCCUCCUCAACAGCGUGAUUUACUUCCACAAAGCGGCCAUGGCCCUACAACGCACCCACGGCGCCGUCUCCCUCACUGCGUUCUUGUAUGCCGUCAUCGGCGCCGUGGGAACGUGUUUGCUAGCUGUGCUGCUGUCUACAGCCAAUUCAUGGGGUCUGUUCCACAGAUAUGUUCGCAUUGGACUCGCUGAAUACGCGGCGGCUAUAUCCAUCAUCUUGUGGAUUGGUAUUCCUCAUAUCGGUGAGCUAGCGGACCUGGACCACGAGCGCCUCCAAGUGCAGAGUACAUUCCGCCCAUCGAGUCCCUCACGAAGCACAUUCUUCGUAGAGUUUUGGAAACUACCCGUCGAGUGGGUGUUCCUCUCAGCUAUUCCGGGGGCAAUCAUCACGGUGCUCUUCUACUUUGACCACGAAAUCAGCAGCAUAAUAUGCACGACUGAGAGGUACGGCGUCCGCAAACCCGGCGGCUACGCAUGGGACAUCACAAUUCUCGGGCUCACAACCAUUCUCUGCGGCAUUUUGGGAAUCCCUCCUGCCAAUGGGCUGCUUCCCCAGGCUCCAUUGCACACGGAGUCACUGUUACACUACGUCCACGAUGGGGCAGCUGAAGAAACCGACGAUGCGUCGCCGGCGGUAUCACAACAUACAACAAGGACGUAUGAGCAGCGAUACUCACACUUCAUCCAGGCGGCCAUGAUUCUGGUGUUUAUCUCGCCUCCGCUUCAAAAGCUGCUGGGGUUGACGCAGACGUCCGUGCUGGCAGGACUGUUCCUGUUCAUGGGCUACCAGUCCCUUACUGUGAAUCCCGUGCUGAACAGAAUCUUUCAACUGCUCACUCCGGCGGCUGAGUUGCCAGAGCUGCCAUCUGGUGUGACUUGGAGGGGAAUUCAUGGCUACACCAUUACGCAAAUUGUUGUCACCGGGAUAGUGUUUGGUGUGACGCUCACGGUGGCCGCGCCGGCAUUCCCACUCGUCAUUAUUGCCCUGGUGCCGGUGCGGCUAACGGUGAUGAACCGCAUAUGGUCUAGGGAGACGCUGAGAUUGGUUGACGGGUGGGCAUGUCGGCCGGGGAAGCCAGAGGAUGAGUUGCAUGGAGCGGAGGAGGUGGUUGUCGUGGAUGAGGAGAAGGGUCGAGACUUGUCAUGA